AUGGACAGUGGUGAUGGUGGAGAGGUGGCAUCAGCUGCGGCAGGGCCGCCCAGCCCGCUGGAAUGGAAAUUCUCUCAGGUGUUCGGAGAGCGUGCGGCCGGCGAGGAAGUGCAGGAAGUGGAUAUCAUCUCUGCCAUUGAGUUUGAUAAAACCGGCGACCAUCUUGCUACUGGUGAUCGUGGUGGGAGGGUGGUAUUAUUUGAAAGGACAGAUACAAAAGAGCAUGGUGGUAAUAGAAGAGAUUUAGAAAGAAUGGACUACCCCGUUACUAGACACCCAGAGUUCCGUUACAAAACUGAAUUUCAGAGCCAUGAACCCGAGUUUGAUUAUCUCAAGAGUUUGGAGAUUGAGGAGAAGAUAAACAAGAUUAGGUGGUGUCAGACGGCUAAUGGGGCCCUCUUUCUUCUUUCGACUAACGACAAGACCAUUAAGUUUUGGAAGGUCCAAGAGAAGAAAGUUAAAAAAAUUUCUGAUAUUAAUGUAGACCCAUCAAAAGCUGGUGGAAGUGCUGGUAUUGCAAGUUCCAGCAUUUCUUCUACUUCAAAGCCGCUGCUUACUAAUGGUGACUGUUCUGUUCAAUCUUACGAUUCUUUGAGCAAUGACUUGUCAUUUCCACCUGGCGGGAUCCCCUCUCUGCGAUUACCAGUGGUCACAAGCAGUGAGACCAACCUUGUUGCAAGAUGUAGGAGAGUGUAUGCUCAUGCGCAUGACUAUCAUAUCAAUUCUAUUUCAAAUAACAGUGAUGGCGAAACAUUUAUAUCGGCUGAUGACCUCCGAAUAAACCUCUGGAACCUGGAAAUAAGCAAUCAAAGUUUCAAUAUCGUUGAUGUGAAGCCAGCAAAUAUGGAGGAUCUGACUGAGGUGAUAACAUCAGCUGAGUUCCAUCCUACUCAUUGCAACAUGUUAGCAUAUAGUAGUUCAAAAGGAUCAAUCCGUCUCAUUGAUUUACGACAAUCUGCAUUGUGCGAUUCACAUUCUAAACUAUUUGAGGAGCAGGAGGCGCCUGGCUCGAGAUCAUUUUUCACUGAGAUAAUUGCUUCGAUUUCAGAUGUUAAGUUCGCUAGGGAUGGAAGAUUUAUAUUGAGCCGUGAUUACAUGACCCUUAAGUUAUGGGAUAUUAAUAUGGACUCUGGUCCAGUGUCAACCUUCCAGGUUCAUGAGUAUCUGAGACCUAAGCUGUGUGAUUUGUAUGAAAAUGAUUCCAUUUUUGACAAAUUCGAAUGUUGCCUGAGUGGUGAUGGUCGUCGAGUGGCUACUGGUUCUUACAGCAAUCUAUUUCGUAUAUUUGGAUCGGGUAGUACUGAAGCAACUACUCUUGAAGCUAGCAAAAAUCCAAUGAGAAGGCAAGUUCAGACACCCUCUAGGCCUUCCAGAUCCCUGACAAGUAGCAUUUCUCGUGUUGUAAGGCGAGGUGCAGAAAAUCCGGCAGUCGAAACUAAUGGAAAUUCCUUAGAUUUCACAACAAAGCUGCUCCACUUGGCAUGGCACCCGUCAGAAAACUCGGUUGCCUGUGCUGCAGCAAACAGUUUGUACAUGUACUAUGCAUGA